AAAAUCCUGCACGCCAUAGACCUUCUUCCCGACGAGGGCGCCCCGGACCUGUUGUCUUCUACUUUUCGCGAGAUAAGGGAUUCCUUAUCCGCGGAAGGGGCGCAAAGCAGGUUUUUCCGUAGGGCUGUGGACACGCUCUUGGAAAUGCAGGCAAAUAGGGUUUCACGUGCCGAACUUUCGGCCGGUGCCCCCCUUCGUUGAUCUGGUCGGGCGCUAGCGCCCUUUUUCGUUUGUGCAUCUUUCUUUCUCCCAUGCUUUCCGUUGGUCAACAACCAACAAAAGUGCUCUAUAGUUCUUCACUACUCGUACAGGAAUGAGUCUCUUUCUGUCUGGAGGGAAUCAUUUUUUCUCAAUCAAGAAUGCCUCAACUGGAUAAAUUCACUUAUUUCACACAAUUCUUCUGGUUAUGCCUUUUCCUCUUGACUUUCUAUAUUCCCCUAUUCAAUGAUGGAGAUGGAGUACUUGGGAUCAGCAGAAUUCUCAAACUACGGAACCAACUGGUUUCACACCGGGAGAACAACAUCCGGAGCAACGACCCCAACAGUUUGGAAGAUAUCUUGAGAAAAGGUUUGAGCACCGGUGUAUCCUAUAUGUACAACAGUUUAUUCGAAGUAUCUCAAUGGUGUAAGGCCAUCGACUUAUUGGGAAACAAGAGGAAAAGAACUUUGAUCUCUUGUUUCGGAGAAAUAAGUGGCUCACGAGGAAUGGAAAGAAACAUAUUCUAUUUGAUCUCGAAGUCCUCAUAUAGCACUUCUGUAAAUCCUGGAUGGGGGAUCGCUUGUAGGAAUGACAUAAUGCUAAUCCAUGUUCCACACGGCCAAGGAAGCAUCGUUUUUUAAUCUCAUUAUGACUUGGUCGUCCGGAAGAGAUUCUUUCUCCUCGAUCAGAAUAGUGUCAUGGAAGGCACUACAAGAAAGAUAUACUCCUUUUCAAAUCGCCGAAGACGGACGUUCAGAAAGGUUCUCGAGAUUCUCCAUUUCUCUAAAGCAAGCAAGCAUACCAAUACU